AUGUUCUACUUCCUUCUAUACGUCAUCUCCCAAGCAAUCUUGGUUGGUGCCUGGGUCUCCGGUACCUUAGACCCGUACCAGAAAAGACUGCAGGAAAUUGUCCUGUACGCGAUGGGGGAGACUAAAGUGUCGUACGGACUUAAGAAGAGUCUCACGGCCAAGAUUCUAGCCGAAGACACGAAUUUGAGCAAGUUGCAAGAUCAGCUCGGUAAUGGAAUUGGAGGCGCAUUUGGCAAGGGUGGUGCCGGUGAGGGUGUGGGCUCGGUGCUGAGCAAGGGUCUUUAA